AUGAAGGUUGUUUAUAUUAAAUUGAUGAUAAAUGUCUAAUUUGUUAAGAAGGUUGGAUUUAAGAUGAAUUUCUAGAAAAUUGUCAUCCAAUUUGUGGUGAUGGAAUUAUUCAAGGUUAAGAACAAUGUGAUCAUGGUAAUCUAAUAUCAAAUCAUUCUUGUUAUUUAUGUUAAUAUUCAUGUUAACAAUUUUGUUCAAUUUGUUAAAUUGGAAUUUGUUAAUAAUGUUAAGAUGGAUUUGUNUCAUGCAAAUUCUAACAUAAGAGAUGGUAAUUUCUUAUUAUUUAUAUUUUAGAAUGGCAAGAUUAUUAUAAUAAUGUUAAUUUUUAUACUUGUGGAGGGAUUCAAUAUUUUGGAUAACCUAAUAAUAAUGGAAAUUCGAUUGUAAUUAGCAGAAUAUUUUUAGAUCUAGAACCUCAUUCUCAUAUAAUUGUGGAUGCACAAUUUCUUACGUAAUUAUAUUCUUUAUUACAAAAGUAUUGAUAACAAUUAAUCACCUUAUUUUUAUAUAGAUUACUAAUCAAUAAGUUAUUAAUCAGUGAUAUAAUCAUCAUAACUCUGUGGUAAUACACAAUUCGAAAAAGUAUAUACUAUUUCUAUAACUCAUUAACAUAAUAGAAGAACUGUUUGGAUAUAUAUUAUUAACUAUUAUGCAGGAGGAUUAAUAUCAUUAAAAUUAAGUAUGAUUAAAUGUUAGUAUGAAUGUGCUGGAUGCAUAGAGAAUUAUCAUACAUUUUGUUUAUAAUGGAAACUGCAUUAAUAUUCAUUUAAUUAGAAAUUGAUCACAAACUCUGAUGGAUGGACUUUUGUAUCAUCGUAUAGUUAUUUAACUUAUUCCUUAUGUGGAAAUUGUUAAUUUUUGUACUUUUAAUAAAUUAAAUAUUCUACUGAAUUACCUCCUCAUUAAGAUGUAUUAAUAAGAUUUUUUAAAUUAUGGAAUACUAUAAUAAUAGUAGACUAUUUAUAUGGUAAAUAAAUAAUUAGUUCUAAUAAUUAAUAAAUAGAAAUAUUAAUAAGAAAUCAUGAUGAUCCUAUAUUAUUAUUAAAUAUUAAAACUUAAUUAGCUUCAGAUUAUAGUUAUAUAAGAGAUUUUGAAGUAUUUUACACUUAAGCAGAAAUAAUGUUUAAUAAUUUAAAUGAAGGUUGUUUAUAUUAAAUUGAUGAUAAAUGUCUAAUUUGUUAAGAAGGUUGGAUUUAAGAUGAAUUUCUAGAAAAUUGUCAUCCAAUUUGUGGUGAUGGAAUUAUUCAAGGUUAAGAACAAUGUGAUCAUGGUAAUCUAAUAUCAAAUCAUUCUUGUUAUUUAUGUUAAUAUUCAUGUUAACAAUUUUGUUCAAUUUGUUAAUUUGGAAUUUGUUAAUAAUGUUAAGAUGGAUUUGUAUUUUCUUAAAACAGGUAAAACUGUAUAUUUGAAUGUGAUGGUAUCAAUUAAGAAAUUGAAACAUAUGAUAAUUAAAAUAACAUUCAAUUUGAUGGAUGUUAUACCUUUUAAUAAAAUUGUGAUAUAAGAUGUCAACUUUGCAUUAAUUAAAAAUGCUUUUUUUGUGAUAUUGGAUGGAAACUUAAAGAUAACUAAUGUUAUUCAUUAUGUGGAGAUGGAUAAAUUGCUCUGCAUUCGAUUGAAUAAUGCGAUGAUGGAAAUGAAAUUCAAAAUGAUGGAUGUUUUGACUGUCAACUUGAAUGCAUUUCUAAUUGCCUUUCUUGUUUAGAUAACGAAGUUUGUUUUAUGUGUUAAGACAACUUUUAAUUAGAAGGAUAAUUAUGCUUACCAAUCUGUGGUGAUGGCAUUAUUAUUAGUGGAUUUGAAGAUUGUGAUGAUGGAAAUAUUGAACCUAAUGACGGAUGCUAUUAAUGCAAAUUUGAAUGUUCAUAAGGUUGUCUUGAUUGUGAAAAUGGAUAAGUUUGCAAAUAAUGUAAUAAUUAAUACGUCUUAAAUAAUCAAACGGCUAAAUGUGAAAAGAUCAAAUAAUUAGAUGAUUAGAAUCAAGAUUUAAAUGAAAAUCCAAAUGAAUUUGAGGAUACCUUUAAUCUAGUAUGUAGCAAAAAUUUCAUCUUAAUUGAUUUUGAAUGUGUUAAUUAAUGUGGAAAUGGAAUGCUUAAUAAUAUAUUUGAACAAUGUGAUGAUGGAAACUUAAUUGGAGGGGAUGGAUGUUCUUUUUUUUGUAUUGAAGAAGAUAAUUUUAAAUGUCAAAAUCAUUAAGACAGUAUGAGCUUAUGUUCUUAUAUUAAUCCUCCUGAUUUCAUGUUAUCUCGUCUCUCUAGCUAAAAUAACCAAACUUAAGCAAUUGAAUUAAGAUUCACAUAAAAGGUCAAAUUAUUAGCUGAUUUAAGCUUUGAAGAAAUUGCAGUAGUCAAUCUUAUUCCAUAAUCUGAUGAAGUUAUUAAUAUAAAGCCGAUUGUUAAGCUAUCAACCACAUUUGAUCAUCCAAUAUAUUAAAUUUUUGUUGAAUUCAUAGAACCUGUAAAGGAUCCUAUUCUUUAGAUUAAUUUGAAUUAAUUAAUUAUUAAAAAUGAACAUGAUUUAGAUUUAAUGAGAAAUUAGAUGCAAAUCAGUCUUGGCAAACCUUUUGUAUUAUCAGAGAAUACCCAAAAAAAAGUGACAUAAAUUGUACUUCUUAAUGAUGCAAUGAUUUAUUCCAUGAUUAGCAUUUCAGGGUUAUCAUUGCUAACUGGAAAUGCCAUAAUGUUUUUCAAUUUGUUAGAUCUAUUAUAAUCUUUAUCCUAUAUUACAUUUAUGUAGUAUUCAUUUCCCCCUAAUUUAAUAUAAUUUUUAAACACGUUUACUAAAGUAUCAUUAAAACCAAUAUUGGAUUAUUUUAGAAUAGAUGAAAUAUUAAGUUCUUUAAAUGGUGGAAGUUUACCAUUUCAAAGUAAAAAAUCAUAUUAAAAUUAAUCAAAUUCAUUAAACUAGUUUUACUUGCUGAAUGCGAAAAGUUGCUACUUCUCUAUAAUUAUUUCAUUAAUAACAUAUUUGAUUUGUAGGUUGUUUACAUCUUAAAAAAUUGAAACCUUGCAUAAAAUUUUAUUCCAAAAAUUCUAAGAUAAUUAUAGAUACUUGCUUCUUGAUAAAUGGUUUUCAAAAAAACUCUAGAAAUUUUGUAUUAAAUUCAAAAAUGAAUACUUCUCUUUUGGAAUAUAAAAAGUUUAUUUUGCAAUCCUUCAUUAAUUUUUAUUUAGUGCAUUGAUUUAAUUUCCUAAUUACAGCUUUAAUUCCCCUCUUAUGGCAUUUAAUAGUAUAAAUGCAAUUAUUGGUUUAGUGCUAAUAGUAUACAUAAGUUUAUAAUUACUUUCUAUCACAUCAUCUAAUAAAAAAGAUAAAACAAAAUGGUUAUAUUUUUAUUAAGAUUCAAAAUCUUAAUUUUGGGCUUCUAAUUAUAGAUCCUUUUAGAUCUAUAGAGUAAUGUUUUACAUAUUUACGAUUGUUUUAGCUCUAGAUUAUCCAUAAGUAUAAUCAAUAUUACUUUCAAUGUCCUCAUUUUUUUAUCUAGGUUACUUAUUAAAAUUUAAACCUAUAUAAUCUAUGUAUGAAUAUGCCAAACUUAUAUCAAGAGAAUUUUUAUUUGUUCUAAUAACAGGAUCAUUUUUAAUUUAUAGUUUUGAAUUUGAUUAAAAUUAACUGUUACUUUAUGGAUGGAUUCAUAUUGCACUUUUUUCUUUAAUGUUAAUAUCAAACUUGAUCAUCGAUAUAAUUGAAUGCAUUAAUAAAGCUUGGAAAAGUUAUAAAAGAAAGCAAGAGUUAAAAAAAAUAAGAGAAAUAAAAAUAUUUUAUGACAAUCCACUUCAAAAUUUUGUAAAAGACAACAUAAAUAAGCAAAAAUGA